UCUGGCUCUGCCUAGCUGAGAAGAUGACCGUGGGGAGGCUUGCGGGAGCCUCCGGCGGCGCGGAGCGGAACCGUCAGAUAUUUCCCCCCAAAUCCUCCUCAGACACAGAAGCAGAAGAGGAGCUGUCUGGGGAUGGGCUGGUUUUGCCCAGGGCUGGCAAACUGGAUGAGUUCCUCAGCCCAGAGGAGGAGACAAAUUCUACUUCUGAUUCUACUGGGAGCUUUUACGAGACCCUACAGGUACUAAAGCAAAAAGGCAGAUGGUGUCUGUUGGAGUCUCUCUUUCAGUCUGACCCAGACAGUGAUAAGGACCUGUCUGAAGAUGAUGAGGAUCUGGAGAGUUUCUUCCAAGACAGGGGCAGGGGGAAGCCACAGGUCCAGUACCCUCGGUCUCUGAGGUGUGGCUCCAUGAGGCACUGCAGCUCCCUGAGCAACCUUCCCUCCAACAUUUCCAGAGCUCAGUCCCAGCCCCCCUUAGGCUCCAGGCCUCCCUCUCAGCACAGAAGUGUCAGCUCCUGGGCAUCAUCCAUCACCGUCCCACAGCCAUUCCGCAUGACACUGCGUGAGGCCCGGAAGAAGGCCCAGUGGCUGGCCUCACCUGCCUCCUUUGAGCAAGAGAGGCAGCAGGCCCAGAGGCAGGGCCAGGAGGAGGCCGAGUGUCACCGGCAGUUCCGGGCACAGCCUGUGCCUGCACACGUCUACCUCCCUCUCUAUCAGGAGAUUGUGGAGCGGAGCGAGGCCCGGAGGCAGGCAGGGAUCCAGAAGAGGAAGGAACUGCUCCUCUCUUCCUUGAAGCCCUUCAGCUUCCUGGAGAAGGAGCAGCAGAGAAAGGAAGCUGCUCGACAGAAAGACUUGGCUUCCACAACUAAGGCCAAGGUCCCCAAGAAGAAGGCCACCAAAAGGAUCCCCAAGUCUAUUCUGGAGCCAGCCAUGGGAGAUAAACUCCAGGAAGCUGAGCUCUUCAGGAAAAUUCGUAUCCAGAUGAGGGCCCUGGACAUGCUCCAGGUGGCCUCCUCCCCUAUCAACUCCUCUAAUAGCCGGGCUGACCCACAGCCCCGCACAGCCACCCGAACCCAGGAGGAAAAGCUUGGGUUUCUGCAGGCUGACUUUGGAUUCCGGCCUCUGGUGAAUCCUGUCGUCCCUGACUAUGAGGGUCUUUACAAGACCUUCCAGAGAAGAGCUGCCAAAAGACGGGAAACUCGAGAGGCAACUCGCAACAAGCCCUUCUUGCUGAGGACUGCCAACCUGCAUCACACCGAGCGGCACUGUGCUGUUGCCACCUCUGGGGAGAGGAGGAAUUCUCCACAGCCACCAGCUACACCCCUGCCAAGGAGUCGUUCUCUGAAUGGUCUCGCUUCCCUCUCUGUCAACACCCUCCCUGUGCACAUCACCGAUGCAACCAGAAAGAGGGAAUCUGCAGUCAGAAAUUCACUUGAAAAAAGGGAGAAAGCAGAUGAGACUCCUCAGUGGUUGGAGGUGCACAAAAAGAAGUGUCAAGAGAUGUCUAAAUCGGUGACCUUGCGUGCAAAAGCCAUGGAUCCCCAUAAAAGCCUGGAGGAGGUGUUCAAAACAAAGUUGAAAGAGAACCGGAACAAUGACCGUAAAAGAGCCAAAGAGUAUAAGAAAGAAUUGGAGGAAAUGAGGAAGAGAAUACAAACAAGGCCCUAUCUCUUCGAACAAGUUACUAAGGAUCUUGCCAGGAAAGAAGCAGAACAACGAUAUCGAGACACCCUGAAGCAGGCUGGGCUGGAGGAAGACUUUGUGAGGAACAAGGGUCAAGGAACCCAGGCUGUACAGUGCAAGUAAGCUAAAGUCAAGGAUUGUCCCAGCAUCUGUGAAACUACGCAACUCGGCAUCAGGGAUCCACAGCAGGACUUAGAAGAAUCUCCAGAACAGCCUACAAAUCCCAAGAAGGAACUGGAGGAUCUGUCUUAUGAAUCACUGGACAAUCUCAAAUCACUUGCUCAAUCAGUACACAAAAGUAAUGCUAUUGAACAAUGUUAAGCAGCUAACUUGGGGAUGAGUCAAGGCAGGCAAAAGUUGGGUUUUGAGUCAUGGUUACUGUUAGAGAACGGGGAAAAGAGCAGCAGCAGAUAACAUGGAAUGGUUCUAGGAAAUCACAGAGGAGGGAUCAUAGCCUAAACCUAAGGGUUCUUGCUUUGUGCCUAACAUUUAGAGUACAGGUAUAGAACAAAGAGCACAAGCCCAAAUGCCUAUAGGGGCUGUCAGGAAACAUAAAUGAGUCAAAUGGGGAAGGUGUAAAAUAGGAGAAAGUAGAAACUGGAGAGUACAAAACCCUGCUGCAAUACAGGCCCAGAAUUGCCAUAUCAACCACAUUUUCAUCAGAAACCAGAAAUUUGCAUGUUGGCAACUAAUUUAAAAUUUAGAAAUAUUGUAGUUGAAAUAAAAACAUGUAUAUAUCAGAUUUAGCCCAUGAGAGAU